AUGGCCCAAAUGGUGGAGAACGUCGAAUGGCUUGAUAGUGAAGCAGAAGAUAGUCCACAUAAUACUGAUGAUAUUAGCAAUAUGUUCAAUAGUAGCCCAAAUGCUAAAGAUUCAGGUCAUCAUGGCAUGCAAUAUCUGAAUAAUAAUAAUAAUAAGAGUCAAAACAUACAACGUCCUGCCGCUGUGUCAUAUGCCGACUCAGAAAAUGUAGAGGAAGUGGAAGACGUUGAGAAUGAUAUGCGCUCAUUUUAUGGUACAAACUUUGCUCCACAGCCUGAGUCAUCCAAUUAUCGUUUACCUGCCAAAUCUGUGGCACAGCAGCGCUUUCAGGACAUGCCUAUUGGACUCGUAGCUGAUCAGGGCGUAGCCGCGAAGCGUGUGGUUAUUCGUCGUAUUCAUCAAGAGUCCAUGACACGAUUGAUAAUAACUUGUCAGGCCGUACUUGUCCGUGGUGCUUCAGGUAAUUACUAUGUGUACCAUUUGGAGAUUACAAGUGACUAUUACAAACAAAAGUGGGUCGUAUGCAAACGCUACUCGGAGUUUUAUCGAAUACGCAAGCGGCUAUUAGCACUUCUUGCAGCGCAUAAAAAGCAGCAAGGAUGCUCCGUGUGUGGCAUAGUGUGUGAUAAACUCAAGGACGUGGGCUUUCCUCGUCGCAUCGUUAUGUUUAAAGACCCAUCGGCUCUUGUUGGUAGACGAACCGCCGGACUUGAGGAAUUUAUUGUCGCUCUUUGCGAGUACCUUUCUGCUGAGGAAGAGGUGGAAGCGUGCAAUAAAAUCAUGUCGACGCGAUUUCUUGUAAAAGAAUUUUUGCAGUUCCCGCUUGAACACGAGAGGCAGCAUGUCCGAUCCAUUCGGCAGCUAAAGUACGUUGACCCACGCGACGUCCAAGUGGAUUCCGACUCCUGCCCUAUUUGUCUUUGUGAAUGGACCGAGCUGGACGGAAAUCAACUUGUGCUCUCGCCAUGUGGUCAUUUUUUUCAUGAACACUGCAUCAAUGAGUGGUACCGUACCCGAUUCGACUGCCCCAUUUGCCGCACGAUCUCAGGCGAAGCGGAGACCAGCAACAGUAGUCACUAA